GACUGUGACUUGAUGGAUGAGGCGAAUGGGUCCUAUAUGGAUUGCACGGACAUGAAGGAUGAGUGCGAGUCGGAUACGGCAUUGAUUCGAUCCAUACAACCAUUCUCGUGCGAGACCGAUGAUCAGGCUCUAGGUCAUGUUCUGGGGUCAGACGGGUCUUCUUGCUCAUACACUUGCUUUCCGUCACGAUGGAGGAACGAGCUUUCUGUUUUAUGUCCUUCCACAUGUCGGGUGCUCCUGGACCACGCACCUGUUCAACCCGACAUGCGUAAACGAGCUAGCUAUUCAACAUAUUACUCAGCAGUUACCACCCACACAUAUGAGAGUUGUCUUGCUUAUUUUUGUUGAACCUGUUGCUAUUGCUCUGUGGGAGUAUGAAGGGGAUGGGCAAGACGCAUGCUUUAGUAGUGCUUCUGGUAUUGUUUAUUAAGAAAACGAGAAAAAGAAACAGAUGACAAGAAUUGAAACCUAUGUUUAGCUCGUGGUCACGAAGAGAAGAGAUG